AUGGAUCCUUUGAGUACCACCCUCUCCGGAGUCACAGCUGCGAUUCAAGCAACCAAGUUACUCAAAAACACCGUCACUCGUUUCAAAGAUCGCGACAAGACCCUUGCUAGGUUACAGGAUGUGGUUGAGGAUCUGAGCAACAUUUUGGAUGUACUGAGAGGAACUGUUGAUUCCGGAGUGUCAACAGCUCUUCUGGAAGGCCCUGUCAGUCGAUGCAACCAAGUAUGCCGCGAUUUUGCUACCGCCAUGCAAGCCUUUGGCGGGAAAUCCAAGAUGGGCUUUCGAGAUUGGACCAAGAUGGAGUUUAUGAAGGGCGAUAUCAACGAGUUCAUGGAUACUCUGGCAGGAUAUAAAGCAACAAUCUCGGUGGGCCUGGGUACUAUCACCAUGCAAACAUCUCGACUCUCCCAUAAAGUGCUCGAGGAGUAUAACGAGAUUAUCCAAGAUACAAUAUACAAUCUUGAGGUUCAUCUACGGCGCAUUGACGAGAAAUUGGCGCUUUUUUUUGCCGAAAGCCGGGAAAGCGCCGGUACCUCGGGUACAAACGUGAACCUGAGAGAUGAGAGAGCAGUGACGGAGCAAUGCCUCCGCAUUUGUCAAGAUGCUAGGUCUUACGUCGAGUCUUUGGCAGAUCAGGGAGAAUCUCUGAAGCACCAGUCAUCCCCCGCAUCCGCUGAUGACCGCCAGAGCCCAUUUGAGGCACAGCUGCUUACACGCAGAGCCUUGGACGAGAAUCGAGACACCCUUUCUCAAACCAUCGGCCGUAUUCAGGAACGCUUGACGUCCAUGGCGACAAGUGGGACACCCGAGAGUGACCGUGGGUUUCUACAAUUGCAGGGAGAAUUGAAAACCUCGAAACAGUGUCUAGCAUUGUGCAAAAUGGCAUCUGAUCAGGUUGCGCACCAAAAGGUAUACAGGGUUGGGGAGUUGGUUGCCGACGGUGACAGCGACCAGGUGGUGAUCACGACUCUAGCGGACCUCUUCGAUGUUGGGAAAGCAUCAUCAACAAACGGAUCAGCGCAGUGGAUAGGGUCCUUUUCAGACGAAACAGUUCGACACGUAUCUACAGAUCGGUACAGCAGUCGUUUUGGCGCCUUGGUUACUAGCGGGGUUGGCGAUAGCAUCAUGCGUUCGACAUCGAACAGUCGUGGAGACAACAGUAGCCUGGCGCGGGGAGCAGGGAGGGCGGGGCAGCCAGCGCCGCUAGAUACAGUACAGAGGAGACCGUCUCCAAAUGAGAUGAGAAAACGGGCAACGGAAGCCGAUAGUGAGAAGGAAUGCCAGUAG